CGAGACGGCCAAGUUCCUGUCAAAGUUCCCCACGAAAUGCAUGGAGCACGAAGAACCCGUGAAACGUUUCUGCGCCGAUCACGACGUCCUAAUCUGUGACGUCUGCGCCCUGUCCAAUCACAAGGCCUGUCAGAUGGUGAUGGGCUUCACGGAAGCGUCCAAGGGCAUCCGAAGCAGUCGCGAGGUUACCGUUCUCGAGAACGGGCUGAAGAAAAUGAUCGAGGAUUAUGAUAAAAUGUUCAAGGAACAGUCCGAGAUUUUGACGAAUCUCGCGGAACAAGAACGAGAGUUCGUGAAGGCGGUAAAACAGUUCCGGGGCGAGAUCAACGCCAUUUUGGAUCGCCUGGAAAACUCGGUGCUCGCUAAAAAAGAUAACUACACUACACAGAGGAGAGAUACGGUUAAAGAUCACAAGCAGAGCUGCAAGACGGCAAUGACCUUACUGGAGAAUUACAGCAAAGAGCUGGACCGAUGUUACCUUGCAAACGACAACGAGGCCCUGUUUGUCUCCAUGAAGAAAACUCGCGCGGUCAUGGACAAAUACGAAACGCAGAGAAAGAACAUCGCGAAAGCACCGAAGAAGGUGUCCCUGUCUUUCGUCGCUAACAACAGUAUCGCCAAGUUCUUUCUGAGUUUACGAGAUUUUGGAGACAUGAAGGCCGACACAUCGGUAGUCACGUCCGUUCCCAGUGGAAAUGGCGCAACCACGGAGCGGCGCACCAGCAAGGGGAGUCUGAGUAGCGCCGGUGCACCGCCAUUGAGCGACCGGAAGUUCAGCCUAGUCAGCCUGCAGCAGUUUGACCGUCGCAUGAGUUCCAGCUCCAACAGCCUACAGACGUCCGAGCGAAUAAACCUUUUGUCGAGUGACGACGUCAAAUCAGAAGCGUUUAAAACGAACCUGAGUUUACCGAAAAUCGAAUCUUCUGUCCAGAUGCUAAAUAACGACAAUCUACCGAAAACCAGGCGCCCCACCCAUGUCGGAGAUGUAUCCGUGUUCCUGGAAAGUGACACUGAAAUGCCGUUCAUCACUGGUAUAACCUUCAUGGCGGACGAUCACGUGGUCUUAGCUGAUGACGCAAACAAAAAUGUGAAGCUAUUCACGCAUGCGUUCUUCCCCGUCGCUAUGGUAGCGCUGACGUCACCACCACGUGACGUCGCACCAAUCAAAUUGCAGCAAGUAGUCGUCACUAUACCAACAGAGAAAGCACUGCAGUUCAUCGACCUAGGCAAAGAAUUGUUGCUCAGAAAUAAAAUAACUUUAGAUUUUGAGUGUUUCGGUGUGACUUGUUUUAAUCAGGAGCUAUACGUAACAUCCGGGUUCUCAAGUGAGCGGGAAAUUCGUAUUAUGUCUUUAUCCGGAGAAGUACGUAAGCGAAUACGUCCCGGAAUCGUGGACUUACGAUAUCCGUUGUACAUCGCUGUCGAUCCGAAGUAUAAAACUAUUUUCGUCUCGGAUUACAAUCACGGGGUUGUGGGCGUGGACACGAAUUCGGGUGAAUUGAAAUUCAAAUGUAAAGACACGGACGUACACGGGUACUACAAAGGUAUCACAAUAGGUAAUAAAGGCAAUAUAUACGUGUGCACUUGGAAUCUACACGGGGUCAGUCGUGUACACUUGGACGGGAGGGGACUGGAGACAGUGAUCCCCAUGCCUGGGAAAGAGGGGAGAAAACCACACUCUGUGGCGUUUAGUAAGAAAUCCGAGCGUUUGGUGAUCUCCCUUUGUGGAGGAAAAAGAGCGUGUCUGUCUGUUUACAGAUAUCAAUAACACUGGAUAAAUAUCAUUUACGCCUCGUUUUUGGAAAACUGGGCUGAAUGCAUGUUCGUAAAGUGACGUCGCAGAUUAGCCGGUGCAGUCCGCACAGGGUAAUUAGUUCCGAAACUUUCCGCGUAACUGGAUUUUUCCUAAUAAUAGACUUCUUUAAUACGAAAAGUAUUUUUAAGCGUUAAGUGUUGGCCCUAGUUAGCCACUGGGGUUUGCACAGGCUAAUGUGGAACAACAUUUUACGCGCAUGCAUUAAGCCCAGUUUUCCCAGAACGCGGCCAAAAUCUUUGCACUCGGAGUAAAUGAGGAUAAAUUAAAUAGAAAGCGGGGCAUCCUUAUUUAGUGAUGUUGCCUAUUGUCGUACAUUAUGUACUGAAGUUACUUCUUAAGCGCGUUAGUUUGGUAAGAAAUAAAUAAAAGCGAAGUUAUUAUUUGUAAAAAAAAGAUUUAGGGGUUGUCGAUACAUU